AUGCCUGGCCUAGUAGAAACCAUGACUAGUAAUAACAGUCAAACAAUAGAUAAUGACAGUCAAUUUAAUCAAUUUUAUUUAUCCGAACUAAGUCGAUUUAAAUCAUUUGCAAGUUUACCGAUAUUUCCAUCAUUAACACGUCACCAACUGGCAAUAGCUGGUUUUCAUUAUCGAAACGAAAAAAUUUGUUGUCCAUCAUGCGGUGUCUCAAUUAAUAUUGAAGAUUUAGAUGUUAAUAAAGAAUAUGAAUCAAAUUAUUUUCGAAAACUUCAUCGUAAAAAAGUUUCACAAGUUGGUAUUCGAUGUUCAUUUUUAUUAGAAGAAACUGGACAAAACAUAAAUGAUUUAUCUCCAUCGCUAACUAAUGAUCGACCACCUGAAGAACCAGAGUAUGCAAAUUAUGAAAAACGUUUGGAAACAUUUUCAUCAUGGCCACAUCGGAAUAAGGAUGAAACAGAAACGUCAAAAACAUCCUAUGUUACACCAGAAAUUAUGGCAAAAUUUGGCUUUUUUUAUUCAGGUCCGAAUGAUGGUGUCACUUGCUUUACUUGUGGUAAUAUUUUGACGGAUUGGACAGAGGCAAUUAAAUCCAAAAAUGAAAAAAUCGUACAAUUAGAACAUGCACGUUUUUUUCCAAAUUGUCCAUUUAUAGUGCAUCUUGCUGGUCCAAAAUAUACAGCCAGUGCCGGGUUUUUUCACGUCGUAUCGAUGAAAGAGCGAACACAGCGUAAUCCAAUGUCACAGCCAGUUACUCCAAUUUUAUGUCCUCUAGCUGUGAGACCGUUACAAGAAAUAUCCAUACCAAAAUCGGUUGAAGAAUGCAUUUUAACUUACAAUGAUUGGCCAUCAAAUGCUCCUGUACAAGCAAAGGCAUUAGCACAAGCCGGUUUUUAUUAUGUUGGUAAAGAUUUAGAAGUUCACUGUUACAAAUGUGGUUUAACUGUGGGUGAUUGGCGAUCGGGAAUGACCGCGAUUGGUACACAUCGAAGGCGUAUGCCAUAUGAUUGUGAAUUUAUUCGAGCUAUUGAUAGUACAAGAGUUGGAAAUAUUCAAUCGGUUAAUGAAAAAUGGAGAUUAGAAACAUUAGCUGGUUAUUCAUUUGAUUUUGUUAGAUCUUCUUCAUCAUCACGUCCAACAACAACGAAUUUUGAUGAACAGGAAAAUAGACAAACACGUGAUAGCGAGGCUGAUAAACUUUUAUGUCGUGAAUUAGCUGCUUGUGGAUUUUAUCGUAUAAAAAAUAAGAAAAUAAUACGUUGUGCAUUUUGUGGUGUCACUAUUGAACCAAAACCAAAUCAGUCGAUCAUGUCACAGCAUCGAGCAAAUGUCAAACAAAUAGUUUUACCAUCAGAACAACAUGAUCAUUUACAAGUUCAAUCACAAUAUCAUUCUUCUGUGGAUUGUAUUAUGGUUCGGUGUCAAUGUGCAGCCAAUAUUCCUAUAGAGCAUAGAGCAAUGUUUCCAGAAUAUCCAAAGUAUCGAUCGAUUUUUGAUCGUUUAAAAACAUUUCAAGAGAAAAAAUUAGAAACAUUAUAUGGAUUUUCAAUACGAGAAAUUGCUGAUGCUGGAUUUUUUCUUGAUGCUGAAAAACAUUUACGUUGUUUCCAGUGUGGAAAUUCUUUACCAAUAAAUGCAAAGAAAAAACGUGAAAAAUAUUCAGAAUAUAAUAUUCAACAAUUACAUGCACAUUUCUAUCCAACAUGUGAAUAUAUUAAAGAAUUACUUGGUUCAAAAUACAUUGCUCAAGUUUUACAUGAUUUAUAUCGAUCAAGUAAGACUAUUGUUUAUUUCACUAAUGGCGUGUCUAUUAUCUUAUGAUGAUUCAAAUUUUUGUUUAACCCUUGUACUACUAAUCAGGGUCCAAAUGGACCCUGUUCUCGGAAAAAUGAAAAUAAAAUGAAAAUAUUUUGUUCAGAGCUCCGGUUUUCGCCAUGCGAAAGAGGAGACUUGAGGGCAUAUUUUCACAAGCAAAAUUAUUUUCAGAAGAGUUUUCUAAAACAGGUUUUCUAGGAGAUCUUUGAAAAAUCAGGUCGUAUGUCAGACUUUUCCAAUAGGAUUGUAUUGAUUUUUUUUCAUGAGCUGAUAGCCCGAGAUGUUUUCUUGAAAAUGGAAGCCAGGCGAGGCCUUGAUUUUGCGCGGUUCGGGCGUUGCAUCGGAUUUCCUACGAGUCCUAAGACUAACACCCGAUGACUAUUGGUAGCCUUAAAGACGGAUGGAC